AUGCCAGGAAAAACACCACUUAAAGACGGCGCAGAUCCGGUCGAAAAUGGAAUCAACGGUGCAAAGAAGGAUGAUGCGAAGAGCUCUUUGAAAGGUGGAAAAGGAAAAAAGACCAAGGAAGGCAUUGAAGAGGAGAUGACAGUCGUCGUACCACCUUCAAAGAGUUCAAAGUUAUCAGCUCCUCCCCAGAAAGAUGUGGAUGGAGAUGUAGCUAUGGAUGGCUCCGCGGAGGGGGAAGAGAAUGCCGGUGCUGUUAAUGUUGAUCCGGUGGCCAAGGCUGUUGCAGAUAUCAAGAGCAAUUUCCCGUUAUUAGAGAAAGCUGUUGCGUUGUUCGAUGCUAGAUACACACUCCGAGCACUGAGGUCCAUUUCUUCAAUUCGAAAACAUCUUACAGCUGAUAUUUUGGCGCAAGUUGUUACGGAGACUUACCCAACGACUACUCAACAAGCUAAAGCUCUACUCAUCUCUAUUGACAGAGAGAAUGCUACAUUUAAUAAGGCCUCAUCAAGUGAGAUGGAAAUCGACUCUGAUCCAAAAUCCACCAAAAACGGGAAGAAGGAACCAAAAGAAAUCAUUCCAGAGAUCGACAUCUUUUUAGGCAUUCUCGUACAAAUCUUCUUCUUUGAUAAUAAGUUGAACGAGAAGGGAUUUACACUUUCCAAACAUCUCACAACUGUCAUUCAUGGGCUCAAUCGCAGAACUCUGGAUUCUCUCUCUGCUCGCGUGUACUUUUACUGGUCGUUGUUUGCUGAGCAACUAGCACCACUUCCGCCUUCUCCAGCUUCUCCCGUUGUUACCCUUCGACCGGCACUUCUUUCUGGUUUACGGACUGCUGUUUUGCGCAAAGACAUCGAUACUCAAUCAACUGUUAUCGUACUUCUUCUGCGGAAUUACCUCUCUACCUCCCACAUAACCCAAGCUGAUCUCCUCAUUUCGCAUACUAAAUUCCCCGAAAGUGCUUCAAAUAACCAAGUUGCAAGAUAUUUGUAUUACUUGGGACGUAUCAGAGCUAUUCAGUUGAGAUAUACUGAGGCUCACGAUCAUUUGACAGCUGCUACUCGUAAAGCUCCUUCGAGUCCAAGUGCUGCAGGAUUCUCACAAACUGCGACAAAGCUUCUUCUUGUGGUUGAGCUGUUGAUGGGAGAUAUUCCUGACCGUGCAACAUUCCGAAUUGCUAGUCUUGAACGCGCUUUACAACCUUACCUUAACCUCGUACAAGCAGUCCGAGUAGGAUUAAUCGCAGAGUUCGAGGCUGUAAUCACUCAACAUGCGGACACUUUCAGACGUGAUGGUACAUAUACUUUAAUUCUUCGUUUACGACAAAACGUCAUCAAGACCGGUAUUCGAAUGAUGUCCUUGUCUUACUCAAGAAUUUCCCUUCGAGAUAUCUGCAUACGCCUAAAGCUUAACAGUGAGGAAUCUGCAGAAUAUAUUGUUGCAAAGGCAAUUCGUGAUGGUGUCAUUGAGGCAACUUUGGAUCGUGAGAAGGGUUUCAUGAAGAGUAAGGAGGUUGGAGAUGUUUAUGCUACCAGAGAGCCCGGUGAAGCUUUCCAUGAUCGAAUUCGUGCUUGUCUCGCUCUUCAUGAUGAGAGUGUUAAGGCUAUGAGAUUCCCAAUGAAUCAACAUCGAUUGGAACUCAAGAAUGCUCAAGAAGCAAGAGAACGCGAACGCGAAAUGGCCAAGGAAAUUCAAGAUGGUGACUUGGAUGAAGAUGAUCUUGGGGGAGACUUCGAAGGAAUGUAA